CAAUUUAUUUAAUUGCUAAUUUAUUGAAUUUGGUCUUCCAUAGUUCCAUAGGAACAUUGCAUGUUCAUACAUUUCCACUUAACCUGGCUUUAAAAAAAAUACACUAAUUACAUCGUAAUAUUGAAUUACCCAAUAUUACAGAGGUGUAGUCUCACAGGCUGCUUGUUAUUCAAGCUGUAAUGGGAUCUCGUGCUGUCCGUCAUUUAUAAGAAUGCCUAGUACAAUAACUUCGCGUUGCCAUGGCGAUACCUAAUGGUACUUUUCCAAAUUAAAAGUUUCAGUGAACUGGAGACCUUUCAAUGAUGUCACCAUGUCAAAAAGACGUGGGCUCAGGGACCGAAACAGCUGCCCUAAUCUAUGCGCAGUCCUACUUUUCCAAGUAAGUAACAAAGAGCAAGAACCAGGCUGCAAAGAAAAGAGAUAAAGCCGUUUAGUUCUGUGCACAGAAGAACUAUGUUCACGCUUGAAAGCAGUGAAUAAAUCAGACUGACCGAUCACUUUCAAAGACCUUGUUCUGCAAAUCACACAGUAAGUUAAAGAAGGUGACGGAGUUAGUCUAGUCUAGGCUACCUAAACUACUCCACGGGAUAGGCAUUCAGUGACUCUGUCUUUCACCUUGUUCAUAGUAUCGCUUCGUGAUCAGUGUGCUAAUAGGCUACUGUCGGCAUUGCUGGUAGUCCAUGAAUGCUGAAUCUCCGCAAAAGACCCCGUUCUCCGAUGGGACAGAAACUCCCAUUGUCUUGACGAUGUUUGUUAAUGAUAUAUUAAACUGGCUCGAUCUGUACUUUUGACUUUUGACUUGAGCUAAGUUAGAGGCUAGCUAACCAUUUGACGUCUUCUGUUUUUUUGGACAAGAGGAAAGAAAUCAUGACUGCAAUAAAGAUCAAGGCCCAGGGAACGCCUCGCAUGCGGCGCCCCAGGACACCCUUUCUGGAUGGGUUCACCCGUGGCAUGAUCAUUCUCUGCACCUCCCUGGCUGUGGUCUUGUCCUCCAUUGCUGUCUGUGAUGGCCACUGGCUUCUGGCAGAUGGGCAGAUGUAUGGCCUUUGGCACUUCUGUGCCGUGGGGGCUCGUGGGGGGACAGGGUCUGGGGCCAUGAUUGCUGAGGUGGGGGCCUUGCCCAACUGCACCACCCGGCUGAGCCUGGCUGGGGUGGAGGGGCUGGAGGUGGGGAUGGGGCUCUGUCGGUCAUUGACCUCCUUGGCUGUGGUGGGCGCCAUCUUUGGUUUGGAGCUGCUUGUGAUGUCACAGGUUGGUGGUGACCAGGACUCAAGCCGCCGCUGGGCCCUGGGCUCAGCGCUGGUGCUUGUAGCCUUUGCCCUGUCCGUCUUUGGGGUGCUGGUAUUUGUAGUCCUGCUGCGUGCCCAUGCCUCACCCCUGGGUUUCACCCUCACCUUUUGGUGCCAGUUCACUGCCGUCUUCCUCUUCUUCCUCAAUGGAACAGCUUCCCGCCACAUCCACCACAUGGUGCUGCCCCCUGCUGGUGAGCCAGGGAAAUGCUAGGUGGAGGCAGUUUCAUGUCUGAUCAUUCCCAGACCCAAAAGACACAUUAAUUUUACUUCUAAAGAGUGUGUGUCAUUGGUUUGUGCAAUAUGAAUUAUACACAAUGUAAUAACAUCAAAAUACAUGAGGUAUUUUUUUGUUAGAAAAUACUUGGACUUUUGUCCAAAUUUUACACAAAGUUUUUUCAUUCAAAACACAUUUAAUUUACAAACUUUGUAAUGCCAUUAUUACUUAAAUUUUGUAUCUGAUUCCACCUUCAGUUCACAACAAAUGUUUUAUGCUGUCUCUCAUUAUAGUUUAUGAAGUGGAAUUCAUUUUAUGCCACAAUUUUGUUUAAAGUAAUAAUAGAUAUUUUUGUUGUUAACUUCCCUUGAAUAUUUCCAUAAUAUCUCAGUACUAGUUUAACCCUUUUGACAGCUCUACGAUUUUUCAUUUGCUUGUGGAUCAGAAUAAAUUCACCUCUGCUGUCAGGCAAAGUCUGUCUAUUUAUCUCACGGUUUCACUUUCAUUUACUAAACCCAGUUUGAAGUACCAGUGUCUUACCUGAAAGAAACAUGACGAUGGGUGUAUUUAAAAAGUUCUGGUCAUAUUUUUCUGCUCCUGAAUGGAUCACAUUAAACAAUGGUCUUUUUGACUGGUCAGACAGUAUAGUUUAUUUGAGACCGAAGAAAGCAAUUGAAAAUUCAUUUUCAAUAAUCAUUUUAAUUGAAAAUUAAAAUAAUUGCAUGUUAUUUUCACCUGCUUUUAUUACCUAUGUUGUGUACCUGACCAGAGUCUUUUAUUGGAGGUCGGACUGUAUAAUACAAAUCUGUGAUUGUGUGUGACAAAGGUUAUCUGUUCAGCUGCUCUGAUCUUGUUUGCGCAAAUGGGUGGAUUCACUGUUCGCUCCAUCUGUCUAUGCUGUAAUGAAUCAACAGUGUCUGUGAUUGAUUGACAGACAUUCAAGCUAAUCUCAUUGUCUCUACCUUUGUCUCAUGUCUAAAGAGUAAGGUGAUAUCAUUUUGAUGCUUGUGAGUAAAACUGUCAGAUAUGCUGGGUAAAAUAAAUGCUAUAAAUGUGCUGGGUAAAGUACAAAUUAGAUACUGCUGUUGCAGCUUUCAGUUUUUUUUUUUUAAAUCCUAAUGCUUUAUCUAUGGUGUAGUCAAGUACCUGCAAUGUAAGAGUAGAUUGGGUCUUGAGGCACAAAGUACUGAAGUCACCCAGUUAUUUGGCAUUUCUCUGGAUCAUUCAGUUAUGGGUCAGGGAAAAGGAAUGACAUUUACAGUUAGAGAGGCAGGAAUUAUGUAAAAAAAUAAAAAACAAAAAAUCAACAAAGUAAA